AGAUGUCAGCCUAUAAAAGGAAACGAGAACUGCCCUCUGGCCUUCAGGCUCCAACAUCUUCCUUUUGCCAAGAUGCUACAGCUCAAACUCUUUGCAGUGCUCAUGACUUGCCUGCUGUUGUGGAGCCAGGUCAAUGGCUCCCCAGUACCAGAACUGAGUUCAGCAAAGAGAUCCCGGAGAAUGACCCCAUUUUGGAGAGGGGUUUCCCUCAGGCCCAUUGGUGCUUCAUGUCGGGAUGAUUCGGAGUGUAUCACAAGACUAUGCAGAAAAAGACGCUGUUCUCUAAGUGUGGCCCAGGAGUGAUGUCCAUACCAAGGGAAAGUCAGCUCCAACAGUGCUCCGUUAUAUGGAAUAUUGGUUAACUGCAUUUAAGUGAAGCAACCUUGUGUUUUUAAUAUUUAAAGACAGAUUCUUGCUUUAAACUGGCCUCCAUUUCUUCUUAGAAUGUUGUUGAUACAUAGAUGUUGUACAUAGACGUAACUAAGUUUGUCAGAGUUUAUUUUUCUAUAAAUACUAUUAAAUAUCUCAAAUCCAAA